ACUGCUCACGCCCAGGAGACUUCCCAAGCCACCUGCCCUCAGAUGCUAGAGGCCUCCCUAACCUUCCUCUCUGACUUAGAAAGCCAGACCUCAGCCCUCUUCCCCCAGGACUGAGCGCCCCACCCUUUGUCCCACCCGUCUCAGGCUUGCCUCCCCUGCUCUGAGCUAGGCACUGGCAGCCAUGUCAGUCCUCCUGCUGGCGGUCUCUGCCCUUCACAUCCUCAUUCUCGUCUUGCUUUUUGUGGCCACUUUGGACAAGUCCUGGUGGACCCUCCCAGAGAAGGAGUCCCUGAACCUGUGGUAUGACUGCACGUGGAACACCACCACCCAAACAUGGGCCUGCAGGAACGUCAGUGAGAAUGGCUGGUUGAAGGCAGUGCAGGUGCUUAUGGUGCUGUCCCUCAUCCUCUGCUGCCUGUCCUUCAUCCUCUUCAUGUUCCAACUCUACACCAUGAGAAGAGGCGGCCUCUUCUACGCCACCGGCCUCUGUCAGCUUUGCACCAGUGCAGCCGUGUUCUCUGGGGCACUGAUCUAUGCCAUCCACGCUGAGGAGAUCCUGGCGAAGCACCCACGCGGGGGCAGCUUUGGUUACUGCUUCGCCCUGGCCUGGGUGGCUUUCCCACUAGCCCUGGUCAGCGGCAUUGUCUACAUCCACCUGCGGAAGCGGGAAUGAGCACUGUGUGUCCCCUAGAAAAUAAAUCCGCUUAACCAAGAGCCUGCCUCAGCU